AACCCCAUAAAUGAGCCCAGAGCAUUUUGCAGGGCACCGAGGGCGAGCCUGAGCGAGUCCCAAAAAUGCCUUAAUGCUUUAGGGUUUUUGAUCGAUCAAUCUCCAUCGCCCGCUCUGUCACAUAUCCAGGCCCGAGGACUCAUCCCCUUGCCAUUUUAAAAUGCAAAUGCCUAAGCUUGAAGAUUCCUCGUCAUGGGGUAAAGGGAAAGUUCAAAAUAAAUCGAGCAUGGAUAUUGGGCUCACCGCUGCUGGACCAACUAUUGCGAAUACAUUUUCCAGUGAUGGAAGUUUGAUGCGGGAAUUUAUGCAUCAAAAGAAGGACUCGAGCAAUGUUAAUGAUUCUUCCAAGUCAAAGUUAGAAGGAAUCUUGCAAUCAAAACCAGAUCCACCAGUGUCCAAGAAUGCAAGUGAAGAUGCAACAACCAUCAAACCAGCUUUGACUUCAAAUAAGUUAGCUGCAAAAGUGCUGCAGCUUCGCAUGAAAGGGUUGCAUGACGAAGCAUACAAACUUUUGAACGAAGAAGAGGCUGCGAAAAUGAAGCAAAAUGCUGAUGAUGUGUCAAGCAGACAACCGAUUGAUAGGAGCACAAGAUAUGUUAUGCAUGCUCUAUCUGCUUGGCAAAAGAAGAAAAGCGAGGAUGCUGAUGUGCAUCUUGCUCAGAAGAUAGUGCAAAACAAACAGUACAGUGCAUAUUGUCAGGCUGAUGAAUAUGAUUAUGAUGAUGAGCCAAGGAGAAAGAUCCAGAAGAAAGCGGGUGUGGAGAAUCAUAAAUUAGCUGCCAUAAGUAAUCAUGCAAGGCACAUUUUGACUCAGCAGGAGAGAUGCCAAUUUUGCUUUGAGAAUCCAACAAGACCAAAGCACCUGGUGGUUACCAUCGCUAAUUUCACUUACUUAUCAUUGCCAAUGUGGCAGCCAAUUGUUCCUGGUCAUUGCUGCAUCUUGACUAUACAGCAUGAAUCAGCUACACGAUCUUUAGAUGAUAAUGUCUGGGAGGAGAUUCGGAACUUCAAGAAAUGCCUUGUUAUGAUGUUUGCAAAGCAGGAGAAGGAUCUUGUGUUUCUUGAAACUGUGAUGGGUUUGGCCCAGCAAAGGCGCCAUUGUUUGGUAGAAUGCAUUCCUUUGACCCGGCAAGUUGCAAAGCAGGCACCCCUGUUCUUUAAGAAG